AUGAAGUUCUCCACCGUCGUUCUCGGCUUCGCCGCCGCUGCCUCCGCCCAGGAGCUCUCGAGCCUCAUUUCGAGCGCCAGCAACCUCAUCCCCUCGGCCUCGAGUGGCGCCGGCGGCCUCAUCUCCUCCGUCUCCAGCCUGCUUCCCGGCGGCGGCGACAGCAGCAGCAGCGGCGGCAGCUCGAACACGGACUCGGCCUCAUCUGACAGCAGCGCCACGACCACGGCCUCCUCCGGCGGGUCCGAGACCACGCCCACUAUGACGUCCUCCGCCUCGGGCGGCACCGGCGGCGCCGGCGGCAGCGGCAGCAGCACCAGCGGCGGCAGCGGCAGCAGCGCCACCAGCAGGAGCAGCUCCAGCUCCAGGUCCUCGUCGGGCACCAGCGGCAGCGGCGCCUCGGCCACCAGCUCCCAGAACGCCGCCCCGACCAACGCCGCCAUGUACCUCGCUCCCGUUGCCGGUCUCGCGGCGGCCAUGGCCUUGCUCUAA